UACAGUGUACAUAAUGUCCAUUAUGCUAAUCUAUUCUUGGCUCUGUUAGUCACUUGGCAGCAGGCUGCAAUCUCAGAGCAACCAUGAUUCUGUUUUGCUCAGAAAACCUUGCACCCACCUUUUAAAGACUCCCUCCUCCCACCUCUUUUCUCCACAUCAUCCAAAGACUGAUAUGAGAGCAGAGCAUAUGCAGAUCCAGCGGAUGCUUAAGACUCUAGGCUUGCACAGGAAGAUGCUUGCUUGCUUCGAAGCGCAUGUUUACGCAGUAAGCCUAUCCCUUAAGAGCCUCUAGGCAAACACUAUUCUAUUGGGACUGUUUUUCCUGAUGUUUUUCUUAGGCUGGCACAGGCAGCCCCAUCGAAGAACAGCGUGACUAAAGGAGAGAUAGGAGUAAGCAGCAAAAUGGAUGCAUCUUCCAUCUAGCACUGCACGUAAAGGAUUUCAACAAAUGAAGAGACGAAAAGGAGAGUCUUCUGACUUGAAAUCUAGGACAUGCAAUGGAACUAACACCAUUUCGCUGAACUAUGGUCAGAAGAAAACAUCUGGAGUGUAAAAAAUGAACCUACUUGAGGCAGUAAAAUCGGGAUUUUUUGUAUGCAUCGUGGGUUGCCUCUCCAUCUUUGCUUUUAUCUACCUAAGAAAUACAAUGCCCAAGGAAGACAAUGAGCAAAAACUCUUCUCGGAAUUAGCAGAGUGUGGCUUUUAUCCGGAUGAGCUUUGCUCGGCCCUCUUUGAAGGAAAAGAUGCUGCUCCUCAAAUUGGCCAUUUAUGCCAAAAGGUUCUUCACAGAGGAGAAAUGUCUACCUGUGUACGGACUCCUUGCAAUUGCUCAGAACUCCGGAAGGAACUCCACUUCAUUACGAGUCCCCUGUCAGUAGAAGAAGGGAACUUCUCCUUGGCAUACAUCAUCACCAUUCACAAGGAGCUGGACAUGUUUAUAAAGUUACUCAGAGCCAUUUAUGUGCCUCAGAAUGUUUACUGCAUACACAUUGAUGAGAAGUCAUCAAAGGAUUACAAGGUGGCUGUGCAAACCCUGGUUAACUGCUUUGAAAAUAUUUUUAUCGCUUCAAAGAGAGAGAGUGUUGUCUAUGCAGGAUUUUCUAGAUUACAAGCAGAUAUCAACUGCAUGAAGGACUUGAUUCAUUCAAAAAAUCAGUGGAACUAUGUUAUUAACCUUUGUGGCCAGGAUUAUCCCAUCAAAACCAACAAGGAACUUAUACAGUAUAUUAAAAGCAAAUGGAAUGGUAAAAAUAUGACUCCAGGAAUUGUUCAACCUCCUCAUGUGAAACACCGAACGCAUACGAGUUACAAGGAAUAUGUGCAUUCAGGAAAAUCUUAUGUGUACCCAACUAAGAAGGUGAAAAGUGAGCCUCCCCAUAAUUUGACUAUAUAUUUUGGGAGUGCCUACUAUGUACUCACAAGAAAAUUUGUAGAGUUUAUACUGAGUGAUGCACGUGCAAAAGACUUGCUUGAAUGGUCAAGGGACACCUACAGUCCCGAUGAGCACUACUGGGUCACCCUGAACCGUCUACCAGAUGCUCCAGGUGCUACACCAGAUGCCCAAUGGGAAGGAAAUAUACGAACUAUCAAGUGGCGAGAUCAAGAGGGGAAAACCCACAAUGGUUGCAAAGGUCAUUAUGUCAGAGACAUUUGUGUGUAUGGACUUGGGGACUUGAAGUGGAUCAUUGAAUCUCCUAAUUUGUUUGCCAACAAAUUUGAGCCGGCAACCUAUCCACUUGUUAUGGAAUGCCUGGAGAGGCAUUACAGGCAUAAAGUACUCCAGCAGGCUGAAGUUCCCCUGGAAGUACACUGGCAUUUGCAAGAAUACACUUUUUUUGAACAUGAAGCUGAACAUUUGAAUUAACCAAGGCUAAUGUUUGGAAGACAAAGCAGAACAAAAAAAAGGACUUUAAAACAAUUGUAAAUUCCAAAGUAUAUAAUAAUAGCUUAUGGGCUGGUCCAUGAAGUCACGAAGAGUCGGAAGCGACUGAACGAAUAAACAACAACAUGGAGUCUGUGCAAUACGAUACAAAAUUUCAUAUCUAAAGGCAUAAAAAGAUUCCGAACAGAAUGAAGAGGCAACAUAUAUUGAGUCCAGUAUCUUUACCAAUAUUGACUUCUCUAGACCUCCAUUCCCCAAAGCAGGGCUGCACUGUUUAGUUGAUUAAUUGGUUAAUCAAUUAAAACUCUUUUCUUUUUCUAAAUACCACUGAGCAACAACAUUUUAAAAUGCUUAACAGUAUUUUUUUAAAAAUACAAAAAUUAAAAAAAUCCACAGGUAAGUAAGCGCCAUCUUAGAUGUAGGGCUUGUUUCUCUUUCACCCAGGAGAGGGUGCCUGUUCCAAUACAAUGCUUGAUCUAAGUUCUAGAAGAUACAAGCAUUAGUUAAAACAAA